AUGGGGACCUCACUUGUUGGGUACUUUACGUUUGUCCUGCUUCUUCUGGCAUUGACCAAGGUUCGAGGAGGUCCAGCAUACAACUCUCCCCUGUCUUCAGACUUGUCCGAUUUAAAGGGUCUCCUAGAACGUUUAGAAGACAGACUCCCAGUAGAAGAAGCUGAGGCUCCAGUUCAAGACAUGUUUGCUCCAAAUUAUGAUUCCUCUGACUCUUCAAACUCAGCACCAUCCUGGACUGGGGAAGCAGCCCGGCCUGGGGCCGACAUGGCGUAUAACAGAGGGUCCUGGGCACAGCGAGAGAAAUCAUCUCCACUGAGGAACAAACUUCGAGAAUUGCUGAAUGCUCCCCGCAGCAUGAGAAGACCAUCCGACUGCUUUGGAUCUCGAAUUGACAGAAUCGGCGCUCAAAGUGGCAUGGGGUGUGGCCGCAGGGUGAGUGACCUGAAGGGUGAUGGGCACGUGAGUCUGGCAUGCAACUCUUGCAGGGGUGCUGGAAUGGCUUGA